CGCUAACGGUCGCGCGGCGGGCUGCGGAGAGGCUGUGGAGCGCUAGGCCGGGCGGGCGCGGGGAACGGCGGCUGAGAUUAAAGAAUGGCAAACUCCUUUGCAUCAAAGACCUUCACCACACUUUCAGAUCUGCAUCCGAAUAUGGCUAAUCUGAAAAUAAUUGGUAUAGUUAUUGGGAAAACAGAUGUCAAAGGCUUUCCAGACAGAAAAAAUAUUGGAUCAGAGAGAUACACUUUCAGUUUCACCAUUCGGGACUCACCAAUGCAUUUUGUCAAUGUGACAUCCUGGGGCAGCGAAGGUUACAUCAGGUCACUUUCUGACAGCUUUAGGGUUGGAGAGUGCGUGAUAAUCGAAAAUCCCUUGAUUCAAAGAAAGGAAUUAGAAAGAGAAGAAAAAUUCAGCCCUGCAACUCCCAGCAACUGUAAGCUAUUGCUCAGUGAGAAUCACUCCACGGUAAAAGUUUGUUCCAGUUACCAAGUGGACACCAAGCUCCUUGCUCUGAUAUACUUACCUGUCAAGGAGUCUCAUGAUUUUUAUUCACUGGGUGACAUUGUUGCAAAUGGAUGCAGUCUGGAUGGGAGGAUUAUUAACGUGCUUGCAGCAGUGCGGUCGGUUGGAGAGCCAAAACACUUUACAACUUCAGACCGGAGGAAAGGCCAGAGGUGUGAGGUGAAGCUCUAUGAUGAGACAGAGUCUUCUUUUGCAAUGAUAUGUUGGGAUAAUGAAUCUAUCCUGGUUGCACAGAGCUGGGUGCCACGAGACACAGUGAUAUUUGCCUCAGAUGUAAGAAUAAGUUUUGACAAAUUUCGGAACUGCAUGACGGCAACUGUAAUCUCAAAAACCAUUAUUACGACUAAUCCAGAUACCCCAGAAGCUAACAUCCUGUUGAAUUUUAUAAGAGAAAAUAAAGAAACAAAUCCUCUGGAUGCUGAAAUGGACAGUUACUUGAGAGAAUCCGUAAAUUUAAAUACAAUAGUUGAUGUCUACACAGUUGAGCAAUUAAAGGUAAAAGCUUCGAAGAACGAAGGGAAGGCUGACCCUUUCUAUGGCAUUCUUUAUGCUUACAUUUCUAUGCUGAAUAUUGAUGAUGACGCCAUGACAGUAGUUCGACACCAAUGCUCAGGCUGUGGUUAUGUUAUAAAUGAAGUAUCCAGCACUUGUACUGCUUGCAACAAAAAUUCUUUGGAAUUUCGGUCUGUUUUUCUCAGCUUCCACUUGUUGAUUGACCUCACGGACCACACAGGUACCCUCCAGGCCUGCAGUCUCACAGGACGGGUUGCUGAGGAGACUUUAGGCUGCACCGUGAAUGAGUUUCUUGCAAUGACGGAUGAACAGAAAACAGCACUGAAGUGGCAAUUUCUUCUGGAAAGAAGCAAAAUUUAUUUAAAAGGGUACACGUCUGUGAUUCAUCAGUCUUACGUAACCUGCAGUGCUCACCACAACACAUGCCCUCCCCAAUGUCCAUCAUCCAGUUAACCCUAUCCCUCACCCCAACCUCCAGCAACCCUCAGGUAGCAUGUAACUCUUGAUCUCAAGGUCAUGAGUUCAGGCCCCACCUCCGGUGUAGAGAUUACUUAAAAAUAAAAUCUUGGGGGAAAAAUAAAAAGAAAUAGACCAACAAAGACAAUAUCUGUUAUAUUUUGUCCAAGGAGGACCCUGGGCUGUAGAGUCAAAGCUGGUACCCCACCCCUGUCCCGCCCAUGGACCAGUGCUCCUCACCUCAGUGAGUAGCAUCAGGUGGCACAGUCACAUGUCUGGAUGCAGGGGAGAGACAGGCUGGGUCUGAGUCCCAGUUCCACCACUCAUCAGCCUCUGUGACCCUCUGGAGCUCUGUGAUCCUGCAUCUCUAGUCGGAGCCCCACUAACAACACUUCAGCGUGGGAGGGUCACAGAAUCUUUCGGAUCAAAGGUGUGAAAAGGAAGGAGACAAACUCCUUUGUUUUUGCAAAUGCAGAAAAUGGAAUCCAGGAAUGUUGCUACUUACAUCAGGUCACAGGUGAAAUGGGCUACAGCCUAUGCUCUCUCUCCUCCUAUCAGUCUCAAGAGAGUUGUAUCUGUCGGGACUUACUGCACUAGAACGUGACACUGAGAAUAAUUUAAAACCUGUUUAUGAGCUGACAUUCCAUUAACCGUCAGCAGUGAUGUCAUCCCAUGCCCAUAGCCUCUAGAGAACCAUGGUGUGUUCUUCCCAAGAGCGAGAGUGAGAAAGGCAAAUGGCAUCUUAGUAUAAUCACGAAAAUAGUUGUGAUCUCUUGGGUACUCUGCACAGUUUUGGGGAGCACUGUACCCGCUCAGUGGGUACAGUGAGUGUCUCCACACUCAGCCCCUGGACAGCCUUCCGUCCCCCUCCUCCCAGGAUAAAGCCUCCAGCACCUCCCAGGGUGGGUCUCCAUGACCCUGAACUGCGCUUCUAGACCCGCUAUGACUCCACUCCGUGAGAGGACAUGGGUCCUGCCGGGGCUCGGGCACUUCCCAUCCCUGAUCCUCACUGUACCCGCUACAGCUAAGCCUCAGAAACCGCGGUGCCCACUUCCCAGCGCUGCUUUCCAUGGGGCCUUAAGCACGUCUGAGCAGGUUGCAGACAUGGAGUUACCCAUGGACUCCCUGAUAUUCCUAGCACAUUGGUUUGAGGCCUCUUUAUUACUAGGCUGGAGGGGGAUUGCAGGAACAUACCGGAUCUCUUCCGCCAUUAGCGUGGAUCCCUCUGCGUACUGUGUGUCCCGGAGCGGAGUACACUCAGAUCUCUGAACAACUUCGCUUCCCUCCAGACAAGAGGUGCCAGUGCUAAUGAGUUUGAUCAGUUUAAAUCCAUGGCAGGUUCCUUAUAGUUUCCCUAACUUGAUCUAAACGUAACAAGAAAGUGCUCUCAAAAAGGGGGACAUUGUACCUUUCCAAAGGACUUGUUUAAAGGUGUUUAAGUCAGAUUGAAUAGAUUUUAAGCAUAUAUAAAAGGAUUCUAUCACAAAAUAAAGAUCAUGUUAAUCUACACUUUCAGUUGUUUAUUUUUUAUAGAAUUUAAAAAUAUAUUUUAUUUAUUUACUUGGCACAGAGAGAGAGAGAGAGAGACCAGAAGCAGGAGGAGCAGCAGAGGCAGAGGGAGAAGCAAGAAGCCUGACACAGACUCGAUCCUAGGACCCUGUGAUUGCAGCCUGAACCAAAGGCAGACGCUUAACUGACUGAGCCACACAGGCAUCCAACAAUUUCAAUUAUUUUAAAUCAGUUAAAAUAGAACAUGUGAUUUAAAAAGUAGGAACUCAUGUUGUUCUGCUAAUAUGACAAAAACCAAAGUAUUGCUAUAGGGAUGGGCCAUUUUGUAUAUUUAUCAUAUUUCAAUUAAAAACAAUGGCUACUGGGGCACCAGUAGUUUAGUCUGUGAAGCGUCUGCCUUCGGCUCAGGUCAUGAUCUCAGGGUCCUGGGAUCGAGUCCCACAUUGGGCUCUCUGCUCAGCGGGGAGUCUGCUUCUCCCUCUGCCUUUGUCUCUCCUCCCUGCUCAUGCUCUCUGUCUCAAAGAAAUAAAAUCCUUUAAAAACAAACAAAAAAAACAAUGGCUACUUAAAAUGGUUCAGUUGGAGGGGUUUCAAAGCAAUGUAUUUUAGUAUCUUUUUUAAAUGAUUGACUUAUUUAUUAGAGAGAACAUGAGUAGGGGGAGUGGUGGAGGGAGAGAGAGAAUCUCAAGAAGACUCCCCUCUGAGUGGAGCUCAAGGCUUCUAGGACCCUGAGAUCAUGACCUGAGCUGAAACCAAGAGCCUGAUGAUGCUCAACCAACUGAGCCACCCAGGCGCCCUGGUAUUUAAUGUUUUAAAACACAUGGUGAUAUAAACACAGGUCCUUGUAAGUCUGAUAUUAGUGUCAAAGAAUGAUUUCUGAAAAGAGUAAAACCAUGACUCACACAAAAAUACAAUGAAUGUCAAAGAUUUAAUUCAUUAAUCAGUGAAGCAACUAGAAAGGGGUUCUUAAAAAACAAAUUUAAAAAGAUUUGAAAGAGUAGAUGCAGAGGCUGACAGCAGUGCUGAACUGGGGCUCUCUGUAGAUAGCAAAACCCGCCUCUUCCCCAGGGAGAGCUGACUGUGUCUUAACACAGACAGGAUUCCUUUGGAUUUCCCUGAGUAGGGGACCAGGACAGGGGCAGAGCCCUGCAGACUGAGGUCACCCUGACUGUAGAGGUGGGGGUGCUCCACUGAAAGACGUACACUAUCCUUACCGCCCACCUCGGCCUUUCCGUGUUUCCUGACAUUCAUCUGUGUUUUCCUGUUAGUCUUUGAAACUAUCAUGGCCAACUAACAUGUCCUUCCACUCUGUAUUAAAUAAAACAUCGGUGAAAGUGCUUUGUUAAAUGUCAAGAAUAAGACAUUGUUCUUAACAAACUGCAUUAUCACAUCCCCAGAGCCUAUCAGACUUAGGUGACUACCACAGGUUAACCCUCACAGCUGCUAGUUUGAACACAUUUUAUUUUUACAUUUAAGUCAUCUCUAUAUCCAAUGUGGGACUUGAACUCAUGACUGGGAGAGUGAGAGUGACAUGGUCUUCCAACGGAGCCUAGGCCAGCGUCCCCUUGAACACACUUUAUACCCUUCCUUGGUAUGUGUUGGAUUUGAAACUUCAACUUCCCUACCAAAGAGAAAUGUCAUGAGAAAAAUAACAGAUUUUUACAAAAUUACCGUCAGGAGCCAGAUAUGUCAUUUCCCUCCCAAACUCCCCCAAUGUGAACUCUCUCCCUCGUCUUACAGGGGUCACUAGAAUUGACACUCACACCUGCAGAACAGCUCGUCGUAGCUCGUCGUGGUUCUCUCCUGCAUUCUCUGCUGCCAGUCACUGGUUUUCAACUUUAUAUACAUAGUGAUUUUUAAAAUUAACUCCUUGUCUCUCUCUUUU